AUGGCCAGCAUUGUUAACACCACAGUUCUACAAUACCUUGAGGAGCACUACCCGACUGUGGCUGAGGUGUUUCGAAACGAAGAACCAAAGAUAAAGUGGCGCCGCCUAGCAAAGGGUACAACACUAGAGUCACUUAUCAUAGACUCUCAGAGAGGCGAAAAACACCCCGCAGAUCCUGCGCUAACCAAUAAUGAACAACAUGUGGCCAAGCGGAACCGAACAGAGGGAAAUCCUCCGGUCCCUGACAGCUCCUCUGACGAUGACGACGAGCCCGUGAGGAAGCCCGUGGCAAAGGGCAAGGCGUCUCCUGCA